GCGGGGUGGCACUGUACAACAACGACAACAAAACACCCUAUCCCGAAGGAACCGCACGUGUAACUUCGCAUCGCAUUCUGUUCACCGGUCCACAACACACCGCACUUUACCUACCUCUGUCUGACAUCCGGACAGUGGACUUUGUUAAGAAGUUCUUGCGGCAGUCACCUAAGGUGAUUUUGCACCUGAACCCGCCCUUUGAUGGGUAUCUUAAGCUCUCCUUCAGGAACGGGGGCCACGACGAGGCCUACGAACAG